AUGGCCCGUCGACCGAAACGGCUAUCUUCACCUGGUGCUUCAUCCUCUGUUCCAAGAACUCGCAGGUCGCGCCAUUCUCUCUUCUUUGCUGGCCUUCCUGACUAUGUUGAUUCGGGUGACUGUACGUGUGUUUGCGAAUUUUGUGGCGCCUAUUUCUGGUAUGUUGAAAGGGCGCUCAAACUUUCUACGCCUGCUCAUCCGAAGUAUUAUCAUUGUUGUCGGGAUGGUGAUGUCGUUCUUCCUUAUCCUUCGAGGUUUCAUCCUGAAUUUCUCGAUUUGUAUCAAAAUGCUACAUUUUUGAAAGACAUUAUCGCAUAUAAUAGCAUGUUCUCUAUGACUUCAUUUGGGGUGAAUAUAGAUAAGUCUGUCAAUGACAAUCGGGGCCCUUAUGUUUUCAAGAUAUCUAAGAAUGAGGUUCGGAAUAGAUUGAGGGCUUUUGGAGGUCCGACGGGAACGGAUUUAGAUCCUAAUAUUGUGCAGUAUCUGGUUACAUUCUUAGGGGCUAACAACGAGUAUGUAAAAACGUUUAAAACAGCAAAGACCAUGGCUGAGGAAAAUAAUUUAGAAAAUUAUAGUGUACGGCUGUUUAACAACGUUGUUGAUCGUAGGUAUGAAUUCCCUUCCCCUGGAUCCUUGGGAUGUAUAGUAACUGGUGAUGACACUACCAGUAUGACAUAUGACAUUGUUGUAUUUUCGCAUUCGGGUCGGCCUCAACGCAUUAGUAAAUUGCAUCCCUCUUAUAUGCCUUUACAAUAUCCACUUUUGUUUCCUUACGGUGAGGAGGGGUGGUCACCCCGUUUGAAGAUGCGUAAUCAGAGGGGAGUUUGGUCUCCAAUUGUAAAUGCCACUAGGCUUUUCCAGCAAUAUUUAGUUGAUGCAUAUACGUGUAUAGAGGAAGGCCGAUUGGAUUAUAUAACCAAACAUCAAUCAAACUUACGUUCCGAUUAUGUGAGUGGGCUUUAUGAUGCGCUAUCAAAGGGGGACCGGGAAGCACGUGUUGUUGGUAAGCGUGUCUUUUUGCCCGCAUCAUUCACUGGUGGUCCCCGGUUUAUGUAUAACCAUUAUCAGGAUGCGCUUACGAUCUGUAGAGUUUAUGGCAAUCCACAAUAUUUUAUCACUUUCACAUGUAAUGUGAAGUGGCCAGAGAUUACCCGCUAUAUGGACACACAUUCACAGAGAGAUGUACACAGCAGAGCGGAUAUCAUAGCCAGAAUGUUCCAUGUGAAAGUCCAUGAGUUUAUCGAUUUCCUUAAGAAGGACAAAACCUUUGGCGAUGUUGAUGCAUAUUUAUAUACUAUCGAAUUCCAAAAAAGGGGUCUACCGCACUGUCAUACUUUGCUGUGGGUAAAGGCAGCUGACCGAAUAAAAAACGCAUCGGAUGUCGACAUGUACAUAACAGCUGAGAUGCCAGAUCCAACAACAGAUCCGACACUAUAUCAGACAAUCACAAGCUGCAUGAUUCAUGGACCAUGUGGACCACUAAAUCCAAAAGCUCAGUGUAUGAAGGACGGUAAAUGUAGUAAAGGUUAUCCUAAACCUUUUCUUCAUGCUACAUUGUUCGAUACUGAGGGAUACGUUCGGUAUAAACGAAACCCAAAUUCACACCAUAUGACCCUAUCCGGACAGGUUAUAGAUAACAGAUACGUUGUUCCGUACAACAGAAGGCUUUCCUCACGAUUUCAGGCACACAUCAACGUCGAGUACUGCGGAUGGAAUAUGAUGAUUAAAUAUCUCUUCAAAUAUAUUUCUAAAGGGGCAGACCGCGUCAGAUAUGCAAUCCAAAAGGCAGAAUCGCCCCGCGCGUCCGCUUCCGUCACAGUGGAUAGCCAUCAUAACACACAUGGAGGUUCAGCGGUUACUCCUGUGAACGAGGUGCAGAAUUUUCUAGAUGGUCGCUAUAUCUGUCCCCACGAAGCAGCUUGGCGUAUCCUAAACUUUCACAUACAUCAUCGGUACCCGCCAGUUCAGAUCCUGUCUGUACAUGAGCAGAACAUGCAGCAAUUAUUAUUCAAGGAGGACAACACAAUACCUCAAGUGCUGGCAAACCCAUUCAGCUCUGUCACCACACUUCUAGGUUGGUUUCGCAACAACAGGAGGGAUCCAAGUGGACAUGAACUUACAUAUCUAGAAUAUCCAAAGUCUUACAAAUGGGACAAGUCAUCUAAAUCCUGGGAGCCUAGAGUUGAUGACUCCUCAAAGGUGCUUGGCCGACUUGUCUUUGUUCAUCCAACAUCUGGCGAGUUAUUUUACCUACGAAUGCUACUCUGUCACCAAAAGGGUUGCACAUCUUUUGAAGACCUGCGGACCGUUUCUGGCACCAUUUAUCCUACGUAUAGGGCUGCAUGCAAUGCAUUAAAAUUGAUUGGUGAUGAUACGGAAUGGUUAUCUGCAUUCACAGAGGCAUCAAUAUGGGCGACCUCUGCACAACUUCGUUCCCUUUUCUGUCAACUAUUGCUUUUUUGCGAAGUUAGCAGUCCACAAUUGCUUUGGGAAUGCGCAUGCGAUAAGAUGAAAGAUGACUACCUAUAUUCCAUAAAAAGAGAAAUGCCAGAUAGGGGACUUAAUUCUGUUGCAGACAUAGUACAUCAGCAACUGCUCAGCGAUCUCGAUCACACCUUACGCUCUUCCGUACCACCUAAGUCAAUGGCGGCAUUUGGUCUUCCAGUCCCUUCAAAUGAUGUACAUGGUAUUUUGCAGAAUCGUCUUCUACUUGAAGAAAUGAGUUACGACAAAGAAGCUCUACAAAGAGAACAUGAUAAUAUGCUGCCAAUGCUAAAUUCUGAACAGUUGUCAGUUUACAAUUCUGUCAUCUCUUCAAUUGAAAACAAUGAACAAAUACUGGUCUUUGUAUAUGGACAUGGGGGUACUGGAAAAACCUUCCUUUGGAGAACAAUUAUCUCCCAUAUUAGAUCCAAAGGGAAAAUUGUGCUGGCCGUUGCUGCUUCUGGAAUCGCGUCCCUUUUAUUACCUUCUGGGAAAACGGCGCAUUCAAGGUUCAAAAUUCCUAUUGACCUAACAGAUAAGAAAUCAUGUGACAUAAAAAAGAGAACAUCCCUUGCCGAUCUUUUACAGCGUACAUCACUCAUCAUUUGGGAUGAGGCACCAAUGAGUGACAGAAGAUGCUUUGAGUUUCUUGACCGCUCUCUUAGGGAUGUCUUAGAUUGUAAUGAAAAGUUGUUUGGAGGCAUAUCAGUUCUACUAGGUGGUGAUUUCCGACAAACCCUCCCAGUCCUACCAAGAUCAACACGUUCGGAAAUCAUAGCCUUAACACUUCCAUGUUCAUACCUGUGGGGGUCUUUCACUGUUCACAUCCUACACACGAACAUGAGAGUUAAUUCUUCUGAAAGACCCACCGGUUGUUCAAUGUCCACGUCGGCUUUCACAGGUUGGUUGCUUCGUAUUGGAAAUGGACAGAUGGGGAUGCCUGACAAUGACGACCCUCGGGACACAAGUUGGUUAGAAAUCCCUGACUCUCUUCUAAUAAAACCCGGAAAUGACUCCCUAAAUUCAUUAAUAAAUUUUGUAUAUGGAGAUGGUGUCCUUAAUAAUCCGACUGUGGUUGACCUUUCGGCAAGAGCUAUAGUUACGCCGACAAAUGAUGUUGCAGACAACAUAAAUACAACGGUUUUGGGGAUGGUGUCAUCGGAGGAGAGAACCUAUAAGAGUAUAGACAUUAUCCAACCAAUCGGCAAGCGUACAUCGGAUUUUGAGGGCCUCCGACCAAUGAGUAGCAUUUCUGAGCUAAAGACGGAUGGUAUUGGAGACCCAUUACAAGUUAGAAUAGUACGUAAAUGGAGACACGACGUAAGGCGCUAUGAAACCUGGUAUCUGGCUGUCGACAGAUUUGGUGAUGCCAUACAGAUUCUUGGUCAACGAACUAACCAGAGCUACAUCGAAUCUAUUCUCAACCUUUCGCACUGCUAUACCAUCUCGGAUUAUAGCUGCCCCAUGUUAGACAAGUAUCAGAAAUUCCUACAAAAUGACUUUUAUAUUGAUGUCGGCCUUAUGUCUGUGAUAGAACAGAUUCCGGACACACUGACAAUACCGAAAAACUGGUUUCACUUUCUCUCAAAGCGACAACUCAUAGACCUUGGAGACACACCAUCUUAUUACCCAGACUACAUUGGUGUCCUCUCAAAAAUCAGAGACUGCGUGAAAGUGGGUGGUGAGUCAUGCAUAUUGCUGAUUUUAACUGAUGAAAGUGGUAGUGAACUCGCGAUCAAUUUAUGGAAAGAGUGCAUAACCAAUCCACAUAAAUUCGAUCGCAACUCCUUGCAGCCACCGCCAACAACAACAGUUGUCGCUGUCACCAACUUAAAGCCUUCCAUAUCUAACGGAUCUCUGCGUCACGGUUCAUCACAUGCUACGCAUGUCUAUGUCAACCCAGACAUACCAGAAACAACAUCGCUUAUAAACCUAUACAUAGGUCCCUUAAGACCAAUGCCACCACUAGCAGGCACACCGUCUACCCUAGGUGACAUGAGAAAGAAAACCAGAUCUGAACUGCUGGAUAAGACAUUUCUGGUGCGCGCAUCAAUCAAAGACAUUCUCUUCCAAAAUAGUUGGUACCAGACAACAUGCACAAUAUGCAAAGAUCCCAUUUUCAGAAGGGGCGAAAAUUGGUUUUGUAGCGCACAUGGACAUAUCGACAAACCAAACUACAUAUACAAAUUGUCUGUUAUCAUCACUGAUGCAACAGACUCCAUACAAGCAGCCAUGUCGGAAACAUCGUGUCGCAAACUACUCGGAUCAAAUCUUGACAAAUUCAUAUCCGAGAACCCAAUGACGAAUCCAAACGUCCUGCCCAUAAACAUAACUAACGAGAGAGGAAAUACAAAAACAAUGUCCAUCCAAAUGAUAAGAGCUUCAACGUCAGAAAACAUACGGUUCAUAAUAAUUGACCAUGAACCACAAACAAGAAUGUCCGACACAUCAAUUCCAACAACACCAGCUCCAAGCAAAACGACAAGGGUACGACAAAACAAUACAUCACCGGGAUCAUCUACAGACAAUCAAAAUGUUGCACGUCCUCUAACUUAUGACCUUGCAGGUGCUACCCCAAAAGACAGUGAUAACCAGAUAAAGAAAUAA